AAGACUCCAAACAUGUUACAAAGGAUGCACAUUUUUCCGUUUGGCGUUGUUUUCAAAUGGAGGAAUGGUAAGAUCUGAGAAGGGAAAUCCUAACAUGCAUCACUAGAACCUCCUGCUAUGAGCUUGCUUCCACCCAUGUAGAAGUAAAUCCAGGAGAAUCAAAUCCAUAACCAAUCCUCCUUAUUUUCUAACGGUUUGACCAUCCAGUCUGUAGGCCUCUUUGAGUGUAUUAUCUUUGUCUUGCGUCUAAAUUGUAAGGAAGUGCCCAACAAACACAGCAACGGCUAGUGUGGGAGGGACAAAACGCACACGCACAAUCACUGGAGGAGAUUUGCGGUUUACCACUUCAGCAACGCAAUGGAAAACCUAAACCCUUAACAUUUUAAUGGAGUCCUAUUGACAUAGGUUUAAUUAUCAUAUUCUUCGUUUGUUUCCUUGGUGGUCAGGUUUUGCAAACAUUGGCAUAGGUUUCAUCCUUUUUGCUCGAUCUGCAAUACAGUAAUCUUUCCUUCUUUAUUAUCAUCCUUAAUGUUGAGACAAAUGAAUAGACAUAAAAUAUAUUGGCAUAGAUUGCAAAACUGGCAUCUAUUUGCUAUUGCCAUCACAACACUGGUUUUAGCUCCUGCAGUUCUGUUUGUGGUGCGGUCUCCUAAAAGCGAUAGCUAUCUUUCUUCUCCUUCUCUGGGGGAGAAGUGGAACAGUAUCCGCCCAUUGGUGCAGUUCUCUCCAACAUUUGAGUAUGUCAAUGGAUCAGAGGUUAUAUGGCAAAUUCCAGAAUCUGCUAAAGGUGUCCUUUUUAUUGCCCACGGGUGCAAUGGAAAAGCCAUCAACUUUUGGGACAGGAGUCCAAAUUGUGCAAACUGUGUUGGACUACCAGAGGAAAGGCUCCUUGUGCUCCACGCCCUUGCAAGAAAAUAUGCUGUUAUUACAAUUUCUAGCAAUAAUGCAUGCUGGACAAUUUACAAGGAAAAGGAAAAGGUAAAGAGAAUUCUUAAAUGGUGGGUUCAGAAGAAGCGGCUUGAGGAAGUGCCUAUGGUGGCACUAGGAGCUUCAUCAGGUGGCUAUUUUGUAUCCGCUUUGGCUGUUGAAUUUCAAUUUGCCUCAAUUACUAUAAUGAUUGCAGAAGGUGUUUUUAGAGUAAUGGAGGCCCAGACCAAGUAUCCUCCCACCCUUUUUGUUCACAUGCCCAAGGACCAGAAGAGAAUGGAAUUGAUUAUAAAGACUAUGGAAAUGUUGAAAGGGAAGGGCGUUGAUGUAGCUGAGGUGAGAUGUCCUGAAUUUCCCUUGACAGCAACUUUCUUGUCAGAUAGAAUCCCAGGUUUGGAUGAAAAGAUUUCCCGAAGAAUUUACGGAGCAUUCAAAGAGUCAAAAAUUAUAAAUGAGAACAAUUAUAUGAUCAUGGAUGGACGUGCAAUCAACUGGAAGAAGUCUCUCAAAGAAAAGCAUGUGUUCUCUGAUGCAAAGAAUGAAUGGGAGAAUCACAUUCAGGAGGAGCUGAACCUUGCUUAUGGCUACCAUGAGAUGACUAGUUUGCAAUCCAAGCAGAUAUUUCAAUGGUUUGAUUCUCACUUGUCUCAUCACCAUCAAACAAGUUGAGGCAUGAGGGUUAUCAAAUGUAUGGUCUGGCCAUGCAAUUAAUUAAGGGGCAAAAGAAAUUUCUAAUUAGCUAUGUUGGAAGUUGAAACAUCGCUUACUUCCAAAGGCAUUAUGUCAUAUUGGAUGUCUGACUCAGAAAGUUGGCCAUUUUGGUGCAGAUAAGCCUAGUUAGUGUAUAUUUCUAUCAUGUCAAAUUUCCUCUGUUGCUCUUUAAAAGUAAGGUUAGUUGAAUGGAAUGGAUUAGCUCGUGAUCUAUAAGAUUCUUUUUGGUCCAAGAUGGGGCUACUCUGUGUUUAGAAAACUUGUACAUAGACCGAUCUUUUGAUCUCAAUAAAUUUUGUCGAGUGUGAAGCAACAUGUUAUGUAUUUUAGAUACUGGUGUAUGGGGCUUCCAGGUAUGUUUUACUAUUUUCAUAAUAUAUUGUAUUGAUGACUAUACUUUGGUUUAUGGACUUUCCCUUGCAUUACUGAUGCAGGUGAUGCUAGUUAGAGGAAAUCUAUGUCCUCAAAGGCACUGUAAAAAUUGUUAACGUUAUCAAAGAAACAUGCAAAUGCAAAUCCUUUAAGGGCCA